AGUUUUUAGGCAUCUGCCGGUGAUUUGAUACACAAUCUACACACAUUUUGCACAUUAUUUUAGUGCGACAAAGCAGUAAGAAAGGUGAAAAUAUAACGCCAAGAUGAGUGGCGGCACAAUGUUGUAUGGCGGCGAUGAGAUUGGCGCCUUAGUCUUCGAUCCCGGCCAUCAUUCGCUGCGCGUGGGCUACGCUCAAGAGGAUUCGCCCAAAGCCGAAAUACCUUCUGUGGUUGGCAUCGGCAGCAGUAGUGGCAGCAACAACAGCAACAAUGCACCCGACACCAAUCUCGAUCCAGAGACCAAAACAGAUAACAACGUAACAUCAAACAACGCCGACGCGCGAAAAUAUUAUGUGGACACGAAUUAUGUGAACGUGCCUCGAGCGCAAAUGGAGGUGCAGACGUAUAUGAAGGAUGGCAUGAUUGACAACUGGGAGCUAUUCGAGAAGGUUAUCGAUUAUGCGUACGCAAAUGUCAUCCAAUCGGAGUCGGAAUACCAUCCAGUGCUCUUCUCGGAGGCAUCGUGGAAUGUGCGCAACAAUCGCGAGAAGCUGACGGAGCUCAUGUUCGAGAAAUACAAUGUGCCGGCAUUCUUUCUGGUAAAGAACGCUGUGCUCGCCGCCUUCUCCAGCGGACGUGCGACCGCUCUGGUGGUGGACAGUGGCGCCACACACACGUCGGCGGUGCCCGUUCACGAGGGUUAUGUGCUGUCACAGGCUGUGGUCAAGUCGCCGCUUGGCGGUGAUUUUCUAUCGCGACAAUGCCGGCAACAUUUGGAGAAACACAACAUUGAUUUGUCGCCCGUGUAUAAGAUUGCCUCCAAGGAUGUGGUCAAGGAGCGCGAUAAUGCCCGAUUUACACUGCGGAAACUGCCGGAGAAUCUCACGUCGUCGUGGCAGAACUAUAUGGUGCAGCUAAUGAUGCAGGACUUUCAAAUGAAUGUGCUGCAGGUGCUGGAGAAUCCAUUCGAUGAGCGUGUCGCCUCCCAAAUACCAAUGGUCCACUAUGAGUUCCCCAAUGGUUAUCAUCAGGACUUCGGAUCGGAGCGUUUCAAAAUUGCCGAGAGCCUGUUCGACAAUGCGAUGCUCGGCGCGGGACAACUGGCCUCCACCAGCGUUGGCAUGUGCGAUGCCGAUGUCCGAUUGUCACUCUUCGGCUCCGUUGUGGUCACAGGUGGUAACACUUUGCUGCAAGGCUUCCCCGAGCGACUCAAUCGGGAUCUGCAAUUACGCGCACCUUCGAACACACGCUUAAAAAUGAUUUCAGCCAAUGGGAGUGUGGAGCGACGAUUUGGCGCCUGGAUUGGUGGCUCAAUAUUGGCCAGCAUUGGCACCUUUCAGCAGAUGUGGAUAUCGUCUCAGGAGUACGAGGAGGCUGGCAAGAGCCAAGUGGAGCGCAAGUGUCCCUAAGCCAAACACCACACGCAAAGCAAAACGAAUUCCAAUUUUAAUUGUACAAUUAGUAAAACCAAUACGACGAUAA